AUGGCUGCAAGAAGAGGGUCCGGAUUUUCGCCGGCGACAAAUGUUACUGGAAAUAAGUUUUCAAACGAUGGAAGCUUCUUGGAAAUGUUUAAGAAACAGAUGGAGCAGAAAGAACGACUAACUUCACAAACAAACAAUGAAACAGAUUCCACAAAAUCUGAGACUUCCUCUUCCGUUGAUCAGGAGAGUCCCGACUCGACCCCGACAGCUGCUACUGAAAAAAAGCCAGUUGCUUUGCCUACUGUAGGGAAGAGGAAGGGCGCUAAUCGUGCACUCAAAACUGGUAUUGUGGCCAAGAAACCAAAACCAGAGAAAAAAGGUGAGGACUCUGAUGGUAGCGCUUGGUCUAAGUAUUUAGCAGAAGUGAACGAGUAUAAGUCUAAGAUGUGCAUGGAUGAGGACAAAAGCAGACCACUAGUGAAAUGAGUAAUCCAUGCGAAGUGAGUAUACAAGGACAAAAGCAGUGCAGGCUACUAAUGAAACAAGUAUUCCUUGUUGGAUAUUACUGUCAUUCUAUCUCCAAGAUGUAUUUCCAUUGAUGAACUGUACUGUUACAGUACUCAUUAAAAUUCUGAUUAGUUCUUAGAGUUUGAAUUUCAAGUCUCUGGUACACUUUAAGGGAGGUUGGAACAAACGAUAAAUAUUUCUUAAAGCUAUAUCUUUCUCAUAUACAUAUAUAAAAGUUGUGCUAAUUGUUUGCAUGGACCAAAUUUUAUUGCGGUUGAAAGGUUGUUAAAAGUCUAUCCAAAGUUGAUAAUUAUGAUAUAUAUAUGAUAUAUACUAAAGUGUAGUAAGCUCCAAGCUGUUUCAAGGAAGACCUCUUGCACUGUUCUGUAAAAAUCACAGAUUUCUUGUGGCCAAGUUAUUUUGUUGGGGCAAUGAAGUUAGAGACUUUAAAUUUAUUAUGGUUUUAAUGAAAGACUAGUGCCUGAGGUUUGUUCGUUUUGAUAUAGUAAGAUUUUGAUUACUUCAGUGUGCAUUUUCAUGUCUACCCUGAACAAAUCUGAAAGUGACUUUGUCAGGAAAAGGUGUGAUUUAGUGACAUAUUUGUAACUCUUCAUUGUAGAUAUAAAAUGCAUUGACAACCAUAAUGGGGACAAGGUCUCCAAGUGAAUGGAUAUGAUACAUUGUAUAAAACCUAAGUACAGAUCAGCAUUAUUUAUGUCAUUGCUGUGCCAAAAGGUAACAGUCAUUUUAAGACCAUUAUUCGGAGGUCUCAUACAAAUUAUCCCAAAUGAAAGGUUACAAAUGCACCUGCAUCCUCUACAUGCAUAUUAAAGUUCAAAUGCUUUUAAACCCAGUACUACAUGGCUUACUUUGAAGAGUAAUCUUUCUUGAUAAAUUGUGUUGAUUAUAUACACUGUUGUCACUGUUGUAACUCCAAGUUGUUGUCAGUUUAGUACAGGAACCAAUAUCUCUAUAAGAAAAUUCUUCAUAAAUUGACUACGCAAUAUAACUGUCAUCAAUAUAAAUGUCUUUUUUUUUCACUUAUAGUCUCAUUUUGUUUGGUUGAUGUGAUAUCAUAAUGUCCCAUACCUUUUUGUACAGUAUCACCACAGUUUAAAUUCUGUCAUGUGUUGUAUUGGUGCUAACAUAUAUCAGGGCUUUCUUGUCCUUUGUUAUGCACAUCCAAUCCUAAUUCAUCAUCAUAGUGGAUAUUGCUUUUUAUACACUGUAAACGUUAGAUAUGAAAGUGCCUCAAAGAACAAGGUCAAGGUCAUCGUAAGGCAUGUAAAAAGGCUUUAAAAUAAUCUUUUACCUGCCUGUGUACUUAGUAACCUGCCAAUGAUUUUUUUUUGAAGCUGUAACAGCAAACAAAAACGUUUUUUAUUCUUUGCUACUUAUAGAAAUCUGCCUAUCAAACACUUACUUCGCCAAGUCAUGUAUUUGGAUCAAACUGUUACUAUUUAUAGAACUGUUUAAAAAAAAUUUGAUAGUAAUCUUUACUGGGCAUUGAGCUGGUAUUGUACAGAUAUUUUCUAAUUUAUUAUCAAUAUUUUUGUAAAUAUACUUGUCUAAAGUUAUGUUGCUAAGUUUUCAAAAAGUUUGCUCACAAAUUCAUUGUCUCUGUGUUUAGCUCACCUGGUCAGAAGGACAGGUUAGUUUAUGCCAUUGGCGCCGUCCGGUGUCCAGUGUCCAUCAUCUGUCUAAGAAUUACUUCUUGUCAUGAACGACUAAACAAGUUUUUAACAAAUUUGGUCAGAAGCAUCCAUCCGGGAAGGUUGGGGCUCAAUAAGAAUGAUAGAGCAAAUUCUGUGAAAUCCUACUCUUCCUUUAGGAAUUUUUGGAUUUUGCUUAAAUAACCAGUAGGCCUGAACCAUUCUUUGGUGAUGGGGAAUCAAUUUUGAUAAAAAAAAAAAUGUUAAGAAAAUGGAGCAAAUUCUUUGAAAUCCUUCUGCAGGAAUGAUUGAAUUUUGCCUAAAUUUGGUCUGAUGCAUCCUUGGAUUAAUUGAAAUCAGUUUUGUAUAAAUGGAGCAAAUUCUUCAAAAUUGUUUUAGGAAUGGUAGGAUUCUGUCCCAAAUUGAUAUGAAACAUGAAUUAUUUUGCUGACCCAUUGCCAGAGGGGUGGGGCUUAAUGAGGAAAUAGGUACACAAUGUAGUGUGUGUUGUAUGCUUAGAAAUUAGAAUUCCUUUUCUGUUGGCUUGGAUGAUGCGAUUUUUAGCCAAACAAGUCAGAUGAGCGAUACAGGCCAUAUGGGCCUCUCGUUUUAUUGUUUCAUUUGACAACAUUCAAAUUUGACCUCACUACGCAUUUAUAAAGUGAUCUUUGCAAACCAAGGGUGUUCAAUACAAUUCUCUUUUAAAUGAAGUAAGUGAUCAUAACCCCUGGAAGAUCGAAAAUUUUAUGAAGUGUACAUAGUCAUAUGCUGUUCAUUAUUAUUUCUGCUUUUAUUAUGAUUGAUUUACUCUGAUGAAACUUUUUGAUAGAGGGAAGAGAGUCCCAUCAUUUAAUCUAUUGUAAACGUACUCUGUUAUGAUUUGUAUUCAUAAAAAAAUUUGCAAUGGUCUAUUGACCUAAUUAUGUAAUUGUAACAUUUUGAAUUAUUAAUUAAUAUUAAUGUUGCAAAAAUAUUCACUUGACGGCACCCUGACUUAUUACUGAUGAUAAUCUCUUUGCAUUUUGAAAAACAUCAGAUGAUCAAGCUCCUGAAGUUGAUUGCGGAAAGGAAAAUUACUUUGAGACAAUACAAAUCUUUCGAUGGUGUUAAAAGGCAAACAACAGCUAUAAGAAAUUUUUUAGAAAGUAAUUCAUAAGAGAUUUAACAUAUACUGCUGGGACUCUCUACCUCAGGUAUUCGUAAAACAAAGGAAAUUUGAUACAAAUGUCACCCUCUAGUGUAUGAGAAAGUGAAAUUUAGAGGCUAAUGAUCUCCUUGAAAGACGACAUAUUUGAUAUUUGUCAACUUCUUUUUCUGAUGGUUAUUUGAUAUGCUUUUUAUAUUGAGAGCUUUAGAUAAAAUGUUUGUGUAAACUAAAGAUGUACAAUUUAUGAAAAAUAAGCAAAUGUGUGAUGUGGAGAAGGAACUUUAUCUACUCUAAAAUGUAUACUUUUUAAAAUUUGUCUCUUUCUAUUUAUUACCAUCUGACUUGAUGCAAGCUAUCCAUGUAAAUAUGAACCUGCUUUGCUGUUUAAGAUAUGUGAUGAAGGGGUUGUUCAUUAGUUAAUAGAAUGAACCCUUUGAUAUUUGAACUUCUAUCAGGUCAAUAUGUUAAGUUGUUUUGUGAUGUCACUUUUUAUACGGGGUUUGAUUAUUAUAUAAUUUUUCCUAUGAUCAAACACGGAAAUUGUAUGGAAAAUUGAUUAUUGAAAUUGUAUAAGUGUUAUAUAAACAUAAUUCUAACCUUCUUGUGGUUAAGAUUGUUUAACAUUUUAAACUUGUAAAUUUUAAGUAAACAAGCCUUUUUAAAAAUGAGCAAGUUGAGGUGGAGGUGCAUGAAUGAUCGUGGUUGCUUGAAGUGAAUGUUUGAUACAUAUUUGAAAGCGAUUCUUUACUACAUGUUGUUUUUUUGUCUUGAAGGAUUAUUCCAUUUUUCAAGUGAGAAAUACUGGUGGUAAUAUGGGUGUGCAGACUUCCAUCGUUCUUUUAAUACAUUCAGUUUGAGAUAUUACAAUGUGUGUAUGACUUUAUUAUUUAUUGGAAUAUAUGUCUCUUACCCCCUUCCUCUUGCCGUUCUUCUCUGUGUGUGUAUAUUUGAGGAAAUGAUUGGACAGGGAUAUGCUGUAAAAUGUUCUUAACAUCCAUUAAACUUUGCUGUAAAAUGUCCUUAACAUCCAUUGAACUUGAGCUUUAAAAUUAUUGAAGGUGUCUGAGUAAUGAACAGUUUAAACAAAAGUCUAGUUUGUUGAUUUAAAGUGAAUUUGGUACUGAAAUUGAAUGUUAACAAAAAUGCAAAAUAUGUUGUUGUGAUUAUCAAAAGCUUUACCUUUAUUUCAUUAUUUCUUUUUCCUGAAUUUUUUAUUACUUGAUAUCGAGCCAGUCAAAGCAAAGCAGACCACGAGUCAUAUCUUAUCACAGUUAUUGUUUAAAAUGUAUUUAAUUAAAAAUUGGCCAUUCUUUCCAGUGAUAUACAUUCAACUUAAAAAAAAAUUUUGUUUGAAAUCUAAGCAUUUAAGAAAGAUAUAUUACCUUGACUAGUUGGUAACAGUUGUACUGUGUUCGCUUCAGCACUCGGUGAGGAUUCAAACAUUUGUCGAAACUUAUGAUUGCAUAGUGAAACUGUACAUGACAUUUCUUUCAUGAUUUUAAGUAUUGAAUAUUGAGUUAUUCUCAACAUCAUUAUAACGAGUCAAAAACAAGCUUACUUUUUGUUGUCUAUAUUUCAACAACAAUGUUUUUGAACUUGAGUUUUCCUAUAUUACAAAUAAAUAAUGAUGAUGCCUCGAUUGUUCAGUAACAAUAAUUCAUCGCAAAUGGACGAAUUUUGGGUAAAAAAAAGUACAGAAAUAGUCGAACCUUAUUCUUCACCACAGUUUGAAUGAUAAUCAAAUUCAGCAGUGUUUGCUUUAUAACUAAGCAUAAAUUGAUGUAGUGAUGCUUUUCUGUGCAAUAAGAUCUUGGUAAACAGUAAAAGAAAAAUAAAAUAAGUUUGAUGAUAAAAGAAGUUUUUAUCGUUUGAAUCACGCUUGAAAUGCUUUCAUUGAAAUAUUUAUAAUCAUAAGUCUCAUUUUGAGGGUUAGGAUAUAGUUCUAAGAUUGAAUUUGGUUAUACCUUAUUUUUCUGUUGAUUAUAAAUUGCCUGAUUUAUGUAUUCUGUGAUUUUAACUUUCCUGAUUUAUGUAGUCUGUAUAUAAACACAGCGUAUGACCACAGUUAUGUUUACAGAAGUCAUCAAACAUGAACAGAAGAGAUAUGUGUUAGUUGUUUUUAUGUCGAUUUUAUUUGAAAGAAUUUGGAUUCAAGAGAAACAUGUUCAUGGUCUGUACCAAAAUAUAUUGUUUAUAAUUAUCACAAUCCUGUUUUGUUUGGUUGAUUUUGUUUUGUUUUUUUUUUCUACAAAUAUACAAGUCAUUACGU